AUGGCGGGAUGGGACGAAGGAAACGUGUACUACACGGACCUGGGCGACGGCGACGGGCGCCCGGGGCGGGACGGCGAGGGCGUCACCCCGGGGCAGGCGAGGCGGAAGUUUGCCGAUUUCCUGAGAAACUUCAGGAGCGAGCCCACCGCGGAGUACCCCGACGGUCGCCUCGUGUACCGCGAUAAGCUCGACCAGGACACGCCGCCGCGGGACGUGACCGUGCUCCUGGACGACAUCAUAGCGCACGACCCGGAGCUCGCCAAGGAGGUCCGCAACCAACCGGACAUUUACAUACCCUGCCUGGAGCACGCCGCGGUUGCCGUGGUCGAGUCCCUUCGCAACGAGGCUGGGCUCAACCCGCAGAAGGAUGCGCUCGUCACGGGCGUCGGCGGUUCCAAGGACAUGUUCGACAAGCUCGAGAUCCAGGUGCACCUCGUCUCGGACGAGACCCCGGCGUCGGUCAGGUCGCUGAACAGCGCGCACGUCAGCAAGCUCGUGUACAUCCCGGGCAUCGUCAUCGCCGCCGCCAAGGCCAAGACCAAGGCGACCCGCCUGUGCCUCCAGUGCCGAUCGUGUCGAUCGCUCAAGUACAUGGACCUCAAGCCCGGUUUCGGAGGGAUGGCCCAGCCCCCGCGGCGGUGCGAGGCGAACGGCACGAACGGCGCGCCCAUCGGCGCCCCGGGCGGCACCGACUGCGGCCUCGAUCCCUACGUCCCCAUGGCGGACAAGUCCAAAUUCUGCGACGUGCAGACGUUAAAGCUCCAGGAGAACCCGGAGGACGUGCCCGCGGGGGAGAUGCCGAGGCACAUGAUCCUCCACGUCGAGCGCACCAUGGUCCAGCGCAUCACCCCGGGCACGCGCGUCAAGGUCAUGGGCGUCUACACCCUGUCCAGGGGCAUGGGUAAGGCUGGUGGUUCCAAGCGAGGCCGGGACGAGUCUUCGACCAUCUCGACGCCGUAUAUUCGAGUGGUCGGCAUGACGGAGGAGAGCGAGGGCGCGAGGGGCGACGCGCACUUCACCGACGCGGAACACACCGAGUUCAAGGCUUUCGCGGCGAGGCCCUUCAAGGAGGUCAUCGGCGACAUCCGGUCGAGGAUCGCCCCCGCAAUCUUCGGCGCGGACGACAUCAAAGCUGCCGUGGCGUCGCUCCUCUUUUCGGGUUCGAGAAAAACCACGCAAGACGGGGCAAAGUUGAGGGGCGACGUCAACGUCCUGUUGAUGGGCGAUCCGUCCACCGCCAAGUCGCAGUUCCUCAAGUUCGUCGAGAAGACUGCGCCCAUCUGCGUGUACACCUCCGGGAAAGGGUCCUCCGCGGCGGGUUUAACGGCGUCCGUGGUGAGGGACUCGGACGGCGGGUUCAUGUUGGAAGGUGGCGCGAUGGUUUUGGCCGACGGAGGUUGCGUGUGCAUCGACGAGUUCGAUAAGAUGCGCGACGAGGACCGCGUCGCGAUCCACGAGGCGAUGGAGCAGCAGACGAUCUCCAUCGCCAAGGCUGGCAUCACCACGGUGCUCAACAGCAGAGCCGCGGUGCUGGCGGCGGCGAACCCCCCUUCGGGCCGUUACGACGACCUCAAGACGGCGCAGGAGAACAUCGACCUUCAGACCACCAUCCUGUCCCGUUUCGACCUCAUCUUCAUCGUCCGGGACGAGCGACUGUACGAGCGGGACCUCGCCAUCGCCGACCACGUCCUCGGCAUCCACGCCGGGCACGGCGGCGAGAUCGGCGACGACGGGUCCAUCGUCCCCGUCGGCCAGGACAAGAACCCGGAAGCCGAACGACAGGUCAAGUUCCUCAAGCGUUACGUCGAGUACUGCCGCGCGACGUGCUCCCCAAGGCUCGUGCCCACCUCCGCGAAGCUCCUCGAGGACCAGUACGUGCGGUACAGGCAGGAGAUGCGCGAUCGCGCGAAGAAGGGCGGCGCGCCCGCGGUGCCAAUCACGGUGCGACAGCUGGAGGCCAUCACGCGUGUCAGCGAAUCGCUGGCGAAGAUGACUUUGCAGAAGCACGUCACCGAGGAGCACGUGCAGGAGGCGCUCCGGCUGUUCGAGGUGUCCACGAUCGACGCCGCGAGGUCGGGCGUCGCGGACAUGGUCGUGCUGACGCCGGAGCAACGGGAGGAGCUCAUGCUGGUGGAGACGCAGAUCAAGCAGAAGCUCGCCAUCGGCGCCACCGCGUCGAAGCGUCACCUCGUGGAGGACCUCGGGAGGCUCGGGGUGAACGAGUGGGCGGUGAUGCGCGCGUUGAUGAUCAUGAGCCAGCGCGGGGAGAUUCAGGAGCGCGCGGAGGGGAGGAGGGUGACGAGGGUGCACUGA